CGUAGUCUUCCUAGGCAAGCUCAUACUUACAUUUCAUCACUGUCAGCACCGACAAAAUGGACUACAGCUCGUUACCUCAACCUCUGCCUAGGCUUAUACCUGCUGAUCAGAUUCUCCCAAUCAUGAAACGAAUCGUCGGUCUAUAUCAGACCGUACGAGAAAACAUUAUUGAAAGUGUGGAUGUACAAAAAGCCAACUUCGACAACUUAAUUCAGCCCCUAAUUGAUAUUGACAACGAAACUCAGGGUGAUAUUGCAAUCAUUGCCAUGCUCCGUUAUUCAUCUCCCGACCCAGCAUCUCGUCAGGCGUCGGAAGAAGCAUGUGCUCUUGUCAACGAAGAUCAAGCCGCCUUUACUGCAAGACCAGAUUUCUGGCCGUUACUCAAAGCUGUCAAAGAAGCCUGUCAGGAGAUUUCUCUUCAUUUCGAAGCUCGAAAGUACCUCGAUAAGUUGUUUCUAGAGUUCAAGCAGUUUGGACAUGGUAUUUUGCAGCCUGUUCAAAUUCAUGAAUACCUAGAGAGAAGAAAUUAUAUCGACGGGAUGCGGCGAAAGUAUAACCAGAGAAUCAGAGAAGAUGCUGUAGGUCUUUGGUUCUCUCUUGACGAACUAGCCGGUGUAAAGCAGCAUGAUCUCGAUCGCUUUGGAAAAGACCCAGAAAAGCAUGACAUGCGAUUCGUUUGCUUUUCAGCAGCUGAUUCUUUGGUUGUAUACCGAAAUGCCUCCGAAAGUGCUACACGGAAGAGGAUGUAUGUUGGCAAUGCCAAUAAUCUCAAUCAAAACGCCAAACUCUUCGAGAAGAUUGUUGUGGAGAGAGAUUUGAACGCUCGUCUUGUGGGCUACGAGAGUCAUGCGGCUUAUCGACUAGAGAAGAGGCUGAUGAAGAACCCGGCUCAGGUUGAAAGUUUGUUGGCCGACUUACACGAUAGACUACUAGCUCGUGGGCAGCACGAUAUGAACCUCCUAAUGGAUCUGAAGAGAAAGGAGUCCAGGGAGAGUGCCAAAAUCACUGAAGAUGAUGCCAACGCGAUAUUUCCUUGGGACUAUUGGUAUUACGCCCGUCUAGCUGAACAGCACCUCCAUGUCGAUCCCGAGCAGGUUGCCGAAUAUUUCCCACUCCAACAUGUUAUCUCUGUGAUGUUGGAGAUGUUCUCUGAAUUCUUGCAACUUCGUUUCUGUCCUAUAUCUCAGGAACAACUUGACGGCUCGGCGUGGCAUGACGAUGUACGAGCUUAUGCUGUUUGGGAUGGUCGCGAAGCAUCGAAAGGUCGAUUCAUUGGCUACCUCUAUACGGAUCUUCUUUCAAGAGAUAACAAGUAUAAGGGUAACCAGAACGUCAACCUCCAAUGUGGCUACCUGAAAAACGAUGGCAGUCGAGUAUAUCCCGCAACCCUUCUCAUGUGCUCCUUUCCGCCACCUGCACCUUCAGCUUGCACAUUCCUAAAGCACAGUCAGAUUAUCUCUCUAUUCCACGAGUUAGGACAUGGCAUCCAUGACCUGCUGGCCAGGACGAACUACGUGGCCUUUCACGGCCAUAGGUCACCACCGGACUUUGCAGAAGCACUCAGUGUAAUGCUCGAGAAGUGGUGCUGGAUGAAAUCCGAGCUCAAACGCUUGGGUCUUCAUUAUACAAACACAGAUCUGCACUUGAAGGAGAAAUGGCUUCAAGCGCAUCCAGGAGAGAAUCUUCCCCCAGAGCGUAUACCCGAUGAUACCAUUGAGAGGUUGAUAAAGGGCCGUCAAGUGACGCGCUCGUUGUGGUAUCUUCGUCAAUUGGUUUACGCCCACUUUGAUAUGAAAGUUCAUCAUCCCAGAAGCCACACUGAGCUAUGCAAUACGGACUCGACCAAAAUAUUCAACGACCUCCUUGAGAAGCUGUGGCUUGUUCGCGCACCUCAACCAGACGACCAAGGAUACCCACAUGCUGAUCUAGGUCAUCUAGUCUCUGGCUACGAUGCAGGCUACUACUCAUAUCUCAGGCGAGUUGACCUCAAUCUAACUAUAAAAAUUACUAAUUGGUUAUUAUUAGUGCUCAUGUGUUUGCUGAAGAGUUCUUUGAAUCGACGUUCCUUGAGGAUCCUAGGAGUGUAUCCGCCUGGGAUAGGUAUAGGAAGGGUAUUCUUGAAAUUGGUGGAAGUAGAGAUGAGUUGGAGCUACUCGUAGAGUAUCUGGGCCAUAGUCCUACUGCUGAUCCGUUGCUUCGUGAUAUUCUACAGUAGCUAGUUACUCAAAGGUUCGCUAAAUAUGUGUCUUCUUCAGACCUACACAGCAGUGUCACUUCCUUAAGGUUAAUGAUAUUCAUGAUGGCGACUUGGUCAAGAGAUUAGGAUUAAGGCAGUAGUGAUAUUCACUAGAGCCUUUCUCCUAUAGUAUCUAUACCUUUUCCCAAGUCAAUGACUCUGAGCUUAGCUUUCCCUGCCUCCGGAUAUCAUCCCCAAAAUCGAACGCCCAGACUUCUCCCCAAG